AAAUGUUUCAGGUUCAAUAAAGGAAUUCCUUUGAAUACAUAGUAUUUAAUUUAUUUAUACCCGUCUUCAUGGAUGCUAUAAUAUGAUGGCAUAUUUUAGAUAUAUUCUGGAGUUGGGUUAGGCAGAUUUUGGCAGAUUUUUUGCCAGGGUCAGGCAGAUUCGCGAUUUUUGAGGUGGUCACCCUGGUCACUUUUCUUCUAUGUCAGAUGUCUUCUUUCUUUGCAUGAGAACGUAAACAAAAUAUUUGUAAACGAGGAAAAUAAUAUUUUUACUUACUUUAUAGCAAUGGAAGAUGGAAAUUCUAUAAUUUACGGACUGGAACAUCAGACCAGAGCCCUUUCACCACAAUAUGGAGAGAGUGAUGCCAUCAGGUUCCUCAUUGGCACACAGAGCCUCAAGCCAAACUCCAACCAGGUGCAUGUGGUGGAACUUGAAGAGGAUACCGGAGCUUUGCACACUAAGGUUUACAAGCAUGAAAUAGGCGAGAUAUGGCAUUUACGUUGCUCCCCACAUGACGCCGCCCUGCUGCUCACGACGCACAACGCGUACGACGCCGCCACCUCGCAGUGCACCAUGGGUGUCACUAUCUUCAAGCUACCCACACUCCAGGUGAUACCAAAAGACCUGGAUGACCUGAGCGCAAUACAGGGAAGGAAUGCCGAUGACAUGGAAGCCCUUGUGACUAUAUCACCAGAAAAGCCCGAGGAAGAGAUCCGUUGCGCGGAGUGGCACCCGACGGACGCGCGGCGCGUGGGCGUGGUGUGCGCGCGCCGCCUCAGCGUGCACGACGCGCUCGCCGGCGCCGAGCUGUGCGCCGCCGCGCCGCCCGGCCGCGCCGCGCUCACCGCCGGCAAGUGGAACCCGCACCAGGGACACGCGCAGUUCGCAGUGCUACAAGACAUGCACAUAAAAUGCUACGACACUCGCACGGAUUGCUCCAAGCCCUCGUGGAGCAUCGACAACGCGCAUAGACAACUCGUCAGAGACAUAGACUUUAAUCCUAACAGACAGUUCCACUUGGCGAGCGCUGGCGAUGACGCGGCGCUCAACAUUUGGGACUACAGGAACACCAAGGAGGCUAUUUUCAGCAGAACUGAUCACUCACACUGGGUGUGGACAGUGCGUUACAACACGUACCACGAGCAGUUGUUACUAACAGGCAGCUCCGACGCACGCGCCUUGCUAACAGCCGCUGCUAGCGUGUGCCGUGACCUCGACGAUGAGGGAGAGAGGCUCAGCAAAGUUCUAGAGGAUGGUGUGCUGCAAUCCUACGAGCAGCACGAGGACUCUGUGUACUGCGCGGAGUGGAGCGCCGCGGAGCCGUGGACCUUCGCAUCGCUCAGCUACGACGCGAGGCUCGUGCUCUCACGAGUGCCGAAACAUUUCAAGUACAAAAUACUGUUGUGAAAUCUUCGAGCUUGUAUCAAAGUAGGAACAAAUAUCUAAUCUCCACUAGCUGAGUUUAAAUUUAUUAUCUACUAGCUUUUGCUCGCGGCUCCGCCCGCGUUAUAAAGUUUUUCAGGCUAAAGUUUUCCAUUAUAAAAGUAGUA